AUGGUAGGUGUGAUUAAAUUUGAUAGAUUUCAAAAGAGAAUGCCCAAUGAAGGAGUGAAGUUUCACAAUAAAGCUAUUCAAGGUUUAAGAAAAGAAAAAAUCUCUAAUCAAAGGAAUUUAUACUAUUAUAAAGAUGACAGUGAGAAAUUAAUAGGCCCUUUCACUGCAUCUAAAUUAAUUGAAUGGGUGAAUCAGGGAUAUUUUGAUCAAAAAGGUAGCACUCUUGUCAAAAGAGAACACGACACAGAUUAUGUGACAUUAAAAAGUAUUUUACCUAAUUUAUUAAUGGAGGAACAGAAAUCUUUAAUAAAUAGAUUGUGUAACUUAGAUCCGUUACAUAGUGAAAAUACUCAAUUUGAUGUUUUAUCACAACAAAUAUCUGCAAUAGAUCCAAUUGGCACAAUUCCAGCUAAUGAUAUAUAUUUGCAGGAAGCAACGUGUGAUUUAGACGUUAUUUUGAUGCCAAAUGAAAAAUCCAAGAUGGUUUUUGAAAUGACUAUGAAUAAAAUUAAUGCAACAAAAUCGAAAAAGGCUAUUACAUUAACUUCAACUCUAGGUGACAGUGAAUUAGCAAGAGUGAAGGAGAGAACAGCAGAUAAUAAUCUUGAGACAAAUUCUGGAAAUAUGGAUUUAAUUAAUAUAGCUGAUGACUUUGUAGAUAAACAUUCAAAAUUUAUAGGAAGAUAUUGUGGGGAUUCUCAAAAUAUACCUUCUCCUUUAAUCUCGUUAAGAAUUCCAGUUCACAGCAACUUGCUAGGUUUAGCUUCUCCUGUAAUGCGAGUAGAGAUUAAUCAAUUAAUGGAAUUAAGACAAGAAUUUAAUGAGCAAUACACUCUGAAUUAUAAUAGUGAAGAUAUACAAACAAAACUGAAUAGACUUAAAGCUAGUUUAGUUAGACCAGAAUACAAAAUAAAGGCAAUAUAUCCUGAAGCUGUAAGGGUACUACUGUUAUUUAUAUAUGGGCAUACAACCUGUUUAAGAGGCGCAGAUCCCUACCUAAUGCUAACAGUAUUACACGAAGCUAGAAGAUUUAAAAUUCAGCUAUUGGAAGAGGAACUCUUUGAGAUGUUAAACUCACCUGCUAAUCUAGAAGCUAUUGUACAAAUGUCUUCUGUGGCAGAAUGCUUAGAAAUGGCAAAUUUAGUUGAAUCAGCAGUUUAUAUCUUGGCAGACUGUGCUCAAUCAUUGUUUAAGGGUGCACAUUUAGCUUUGAGUUCGAAUGUUUUAUUACAAGUUAUAAAGAGUGAAAGAGUCUUGAUGGCUGAGAUGGACAUUUUCCUUGCAGUCCAUAUGUAUGUAUUGCAAAGAGAAAGAAGUGUUGGUCUUUUUUCAGAUUCUAAAGACAAGAAAUUAAAUUAUUACAAAUAUAUCCGAUUUGAGCAAAUGUCUCCUAGUGAUUUAAAAAAAAUAAGAACACCAGAUUUAGAUUCCCUAUUGUUAGAUGCAGCCCUAAACAAACUACUAGGAAAUGAAGUCAACGGUAGAUUAGUACCAUGGAAAUCAAAUACAGAGUUUUCUACAAAUAAAAUAAGUGGAUUGUACCCAAUAGAAUUAAUAAGAAAGACAUCUUUUGCAGGAAAGUAUAAAUGGGCUUGGACCCUGGGUGAUUAUAGACUAGUUUCAGAUAUGAUAUGGCAAGUCAAAUUAUGCAAGACAUAUAUGGGAAGAGUAAGACUUGGGGUAUGCUGUCGUUCUUGGGAUGCAAAUAAUUUGUCACAGGUACCUAAAGUAUUUUACUAUGACUUCAUGGAAAACUGUUUUGGGAGUGCAUUUUUAACCAAUGAUCUUUACAAUCUAAGGUCCAGAAUAUCUUGUGCUAACAAUAAAACUAGAGACAAAUUUAUACUAGAAUCUGACACAGAAAUACAAAUAAGAUUAAAUAUAAACCGUUAUAAUUUAGUGUUAACUGUAACAGAUAUUACUAAAUCAGAGGAUAAAAAAGUCACUAUUCCAGCUACUUCCAUUGCUAAAAGUAAGUUUUCAGCAAGUCAUACAUUUGGACAUGAUUGUAUUAUAACUCCAAUAGGUUUUACAAAACGACCUUUUCUUGAAACAGCAAAUUUUGUUGAAAUGUUAGAUGAUGGUGAUAAGCUUAGACUUUCAUAA